AGGAGUGGUCAGCUGGACUGUGAAACAGGGCUCAGAAGAAAGCCUGACUCAGGAAGGGAUUUGAGGGGAAGAGGGAGGGAUCAGGCAGGCGGGCAGGGGUUGCUGUGAGUGACUCGGCAUUCAGGUGUGGCCUGCGGCGUAGUUCCACGGACCGCUCUGCCUUUUCCCCGAAGCCCCAACUUCCCCGCAGGCCUCUCCCGACAGUCCUACGCGAAGAAGCAGCGCUGCUUUCCUGUCUCUUAUCCGGACGGUGACGUACCGACGAUCGCAGUGUUACUUCUAAUGAAAGGAAACAGAAGUGAGGGAUUGACAAAUUAAGCGAAAGAAGCUCGAUUUCAUCCUUAUCCGCCCUGCAGUGGAGCAAAGACGCGCGGAACUAACCAUUUGUUAACCGGAAUGGAGGAAAACAAGAAAGCCUGUUAAGAAAGUACAUUUUGUUUCGGGGUCGUUGGGAUUGUGAUCAUUCCAGAGAUUGUAGGAUGACUGAAGUCAAAAGAAGGAGAGAAAGAGAAGAAAAAACAAAGAAAAGUGAUAAAAGUUUAGACUUUCAUGUACAAUAACUGCUGGGAAUUUAAAACGCACUUUUUAUUUUUGGUAUGACAGGAAAACAAAUGUAAUGUAAGAGUUUCAGUACAUCCACUUACAAAGUUGAAUGGUAUGUGGAAAACAUAUCUUUGGUUAAAAACCUUGAGGCCUGGAUGACUGAUGUGAGCUGGGAAGAGCUGAAGACUGGAGAAUUUAGGAUGUUUUGUUGGACAAAUUACUGAUGACCGUAACUGGAAUAAGCAGCAUAUGAAUUUCAAUGGAUUACACUUAUGCGAUAACUGGAACCUUUGUCUGUCUUGCUGAAACUGGGAAAAGCAGCGUGGGAAGUUAAUACGUGGAUGUGGAGAAAAUGCAAUAGAUUUACCUCAACAGAAAACAGGAAGUAGCACUUCUCAGCAGUGUUUUGGGAAUGCACAGAAAUGGACAACUUGAACGCUAAGCAGAAGGGCCGUUGUAGCAUGGGACUGUAGAUUAAAUACUCUGAACUGGAGGUCAGGAGGCACUGGAUUUGGAAUCAUACACAACUGGAAUUCCUCUCUGUGGAUGUACUGUCUUUGAAGAGGGGGAAUGGCCGCUAAGGAUUACAACCAUCUCUUCAAGUUGCUCAUCAUUGGAGACUCCAAUGUGGGGAAAAGCAGUCUGUUACUACGAUUCGCAGAUAACACUUUCUCAGGCAGCUAUAUCACCACAAUAGGAGUCGACUUCAAGAUCCGCACAGUGGACAUCGAUGGGGAGAGAGUCAAGCUGCAGAUAUGGGACACUGCUGGACAGGAGAGGUUCAGAACAAUCACCUCCACGUAUUAUAGGAACACUCAUGGUGUGAUUAUCGUAUAUGAUGUCACAAAUCCAGAGUCCUUUGUAAAUGUCAAGAGGUGGCUGAAUGAGAUCUCUCAAAAUUGUGACAGUGUGUGCAAGAUCCUUGUGGGAAACAAGAAUGAUGACCCUUCUAAAAAGCAGGUGGAUUCCCAGGAUGCUCAGCGCUUCGGGGAAUCUGUUGGUGUGAGAGUCUUUGAAACAAGCGCCAAGGAAAACAUUAAUGUAGAAGAAAUGUUCAUGGCGUUCACUCAUAUGGUCCUGAGGGCAAAGAAACAGAGCCAGAUACGGAUGGAGAGAGAGCGUGAGAGAGAGAAAGACACUGUCAACUUCAACUCUCAGAGAGACCGAGACAGAAGAAAGAGAGGGAAAAAGUGUUGCUAAUUAGCUGGAGGACGACUAACACUUAGACACUGACACUGAAAUCAUGUGGCCAGAGAAAUUAUAUAGAGUUAACCACUGUAAUACUCUGAAUAUUUUCAAUGUCUUAUGAAUGUUAAUUUUUUUUAUUAAGAAAGAAUGAAAAUUAGAUGUUAAUAUAACACGCAAUAGUUAUCAACUGGAAUCUAUAUUGUAACCUUAAGGUUGCAUGUUUAAUUGAUUAACCAUUGUUGUACUGCUGCAGAACUGAGUAACUGAUGUGUGUCUGAUAACACCUGUAAAGUUUAAAGAGCUUAAAUAAAGUAUGAAGUUAAAGUC